AUGUCAAACCAGUAUCAGCAACCACCGCCACCUUCUGGCUCGGGUUUGUUUGACCACCAUGUCAAUCGGCUGAAACCGCUCGAAGGAUCUUUGAGUACGUCCCAGGCCGCAUCGCGGGCAUGUAAAGACCAGUGCUGGGACGAAGUCAAUGCAGGGGGCCUUCAUUGGGAGGUGAACCUUCAUAUCGCCCAUGGAGUGAGCCAGGUAGGCCCGGACCAACUCUGGGCUGGAAAGGAACAAGACAUGCUUCCGCUGGACCCCAUCAUAAUAGGAAAACGACGCCACGGGGUUCAACUGGAGGAUGUUCCCCUAGGCCUCCCUUUGAUCCGAUCUGUCCUCCGGCGGUCACACCCGGAGCAAUGGGAAUUGCGAGAAAUGGGGUUGCCUGUCACACCCGCAGGGAAGGUAAUUCAGCCUGGGUCACGGGAGUAUUUCCACCAUCUGGUGUCACCGCACCGGGAAAGGCCUCUUUGUUUGAGCGCUCGAGACUAUUGUGAUCACCAUGAAUACGAAAUCCUCACGUGCGCAUAUAUAACUGGAGCUAUUAUGAUGCAAUGUGAAGCAGUGGCAACGACAUUAGACGCGAAGCGAUGGUCAGUGUUGCAGCUGGCCCUGAAUGACUACCAAGACCCCCGAUGGGACGGGAUGCAUCGAGCUUUGUGGCGGAUCUGGACCUUUUGCAGGGUUUUCGGUUCCAACAAAGGGCGCGAAGAAGAUUGGCAGGGCCAGCGCGCCUGGCUCGAAGGCCAUGCCAUCCACAGUGAUGACGGAGGUGGCUUCGGCAUUUACCCUGGGAGCCUUCAGAGCGAGGUCCUCGACAAUCCUCCAGAAUCCUUCGGCUCUGGUAACCAGGGAGGGCUCAUGCCGGAGGAGUUGAAAGAUAUGAUGUUCAUCUGGAUUUGUCUCCAAUGGAUGUUACGGGCACGACUUCAAAGAGAUCCUCUACCAGAGCCUCUACGGCGAGACCACACGCAGGCCAGCUCGACGCUGAUUGAGAAGACUGCGACUGGCUGGAAAGUCACAGAUACCCUGGUUGAUUCGCUAUUAAGCCUUGGAUUGGCCGCUACCAGACAUCUCUUGGCCACUCACAGAGAACACCCUCUCCAAGUAGCCCAGAAUCUACAAUGGACCUCACGGCCCGUGAUCCUAAGACAAAAAAGGAGCCACGCAUUUUUACUAGAGGCUUGUCAGAGAAAGCUGCGGGAACGGGAAACAAAGGACCAUGGGUCAAGGUUACAGAAGGAAGACGGCUAUGAUGACGCCGUUGCAAGAAGUUUGCGGAACUACACCUUCUCACAUCGGAACCCUAACUUCAUGCUUGGCAGCCAGCGUCUGAAUCAUCAAGCAUCUGCAACCCAAAUCAGGAACCCCGCGGCAUAG